AUGUUGGCUGCUUCCUAUUGGUCAUUGCUGGCCCCGGCGAUCGAAAUGGCAGAGGAUUCUGGGAAAUAUGGCUCAUUUGCUUUCUUGCCCGUGGCUGUGGGAUUCACACUUGGAGCGGCCUUUGUUUACUUCGCUGACCUGGCCAUGCCCCUACUGGGUGUAGGUGCUGACCCCCACAUUGCCUUGGCUCUGCCCCCCGAUUCCAAGCACGCCAAAGAGAAAGCAGAGGAGCCCUCGUUCCAACUCUUGGACACUGAUGAGAUGACCAUCAGGAUAGGUAGAGCUGGACCUCUCUCAGUGUGUUUUUUAUCUGCAGAGGGUUUGGCUGUGGGGGUUGGAUUCGGAGCCAUUGGAAAGACUUCAUCUGCUACUUUUGAAAGAGCCAGAAAUUUGGCCAUCGGUAUUGGCAUCCAGAAUUUCCCAGAAGGCUUGGCAGUGAGCCUGCCACUCCGGGGUUCAGGGGUCUCGACAUGGAAAGCCUUCUGGUAUGGCCAGCUAAGCGGCAUGGUAGAGCCCAUCGCUGGGUUGCUGGGCGCCUUUGCGGUUGUCUUGGCAGAACCUCUGUUGCCAUAUGCAUUGGCGUUCGCUGCCGGGGCUAUGGUUUACGUGGUGGUGGAUGACAUCAUACCAGAGGCUCAAGUCAGUGGAAACGGGAAGCUGGCAUCCUGGACAUCCAUCUUGGGCUUCGUAGUGAUGAUGUCACUAGACGUAGGGCUGGGCUAAGGUCACCGCGACAACUGGCAGCAUGUCAACAGAAGCCUCAAUGACCAUGAUGUCAUCACAGUGCUGCUGACCUCAGUUUUGUUUUUAAAAGGGACCAAAUUAAGUGUUUUAUUCUGAAACACUGUCUAUUUAGUUUGAAUUGUCUCUACUUGAAAUUCAGCAUUGAUAACAGAAUCACAGAACUAUUUUGUGAAACACGUUGUGAGGAUGGCUCUACUUGAAUAGUUAUCUUGCAUUUAUUUUCAUGCUAGCAGUCAAUUCCUGAGAGCAGCUGUCAUUUUUUUCAUGUCAUUUAGGAAUGAAUUUAUAAAUAUUUAAUGAAUAUUCUCCUGAUUCCAGAGCUUGUGUGAAUGUUUUGCUGAGGGGAUAUGGCUUUUUGAUAUUUCAAAACUAUUAUUUCAAAACAAAAGUUUAACAAUGAAUGAAUGAAUGAAUGUUAUUUUCUAUUAGUUUACUUCUUCCAGUUUUUUGUAUUUCCUCAUAAUGGCAAGAUUAGAUUUAGCUUGACUCCUGCUGUAUCGUCGUCACUGCGAAGAAAAAACAGCAAGGUACAAUGUGAUUAUGGUGUACUGAAACAUGAAAUUCCAAAAGACUUUUUGUUUGUGUCUACGCAAUUGUGACUUUUACGAAGUUCACUUUUUGGACUCAAUUUGUGGACAAUUCAGACAUUAUUACCACAUAAUUUACUUUAUCCUCUUCCAUAACAAACUCAUAUAAAUGACACACUCUCCUUUUAAACCAAGUGUAGUGCCUUUUUCACGGCUUCUGUCAUCUGAAGAAUCAUGUGUUGUGGUCCAUGUCUAAUUAUUUAAAGGCUGAUGAAGUUACCACUGAAUAGUGUGAAGUAUUUAUAUAAUUAAACAACAGAGUAAUUCUCUGUAUGUUUUUUUAUCCAUCUGCCUUUUCUAGAGAGACACAAUUCUGACGUUCAUUUCAUGCCAGAGUUAACAGAUCCUACGAAACCUAAAAAUAAGCUCCUGUGGUUUUCUUUGUCUCUGGUUGCUGCGUGUAGCUUUGAGCUGGUAUGUAUGAAACUUCUAAGGAAUAGUCUUAAACUUUGACUAAUGAGUCAAAAGAACUCUUGGUAAAAGUAAAAGUAGGCCUCAGAAGUUUGAAUAAAUAAGCAAAGUCUUAAUGUGAUUGUACGUGCUGAAUGCAGUGACUUCUAAAAUUUUUUUUUUUUUAAAUAUUAGUCUACCCAAAAUACCCUCCAUCAAGCACUGAAUCAACCAAUAUCCGAACCUCAAACGCUUCAUGCACACCAAGUCAUGUUGACACUUGCAUGCAUCAGUUUAUUGAGACAUGCAAGAGUAAAGCUUAUGUAGCUAAUGCUGACAAUAUCAAUAUGUAUUUUGGAUAAUACUCAUAAAAUCUUAAAAAAACCUCUGUGUAGAUUCUAUAAAAUGUUUGUACGUGAAUCAAAUACAUGUUUGUUUGUUCGUUGCCGUUUUAGUUGGUUGUGCUAGCAGCAUGGCGCUGCUGAUGGCGAUCGGCCGGUUGAUUCUCCACUUUGGUCCUGGCUGAAAUAUCUCAACAACUGACCAUGAAAUUUUGUGCAGAUGUUCGUGGCCCCUAGAGCAGGGCUUUUCAAACUCAGACUGGGGGCCUCCCAUCAGACAAACCUUUGACCAAGGUGCCUUAGUUUACUUGUUUAGUUGUGCUCAAUACCUGGAGGCCUAUGGGAUCACGAUAAUGUUAUUUGAUUCCAUAGACACUCAACAAUGGGGCCAAGACAGCCUAAUACUGCUGUUUGACAUAACUUGAGACUACACCAAAUACAUAACAAACAGGUCUGUCCUAAGGCAUUUAUUAGAGUCUGAUUCUGAUAAAGUGAGGAAGACGGUAGAAUUCCCCAUAACUCCUGUAUCUCUGAACUUUCUUUAAUUAAAUCACACACAUUUAGGCUCUGUGAUCUCCUUUUGAAAGCUAUUAAUAAAGUAAUAAGUAAUGUGUUUUUUUGUGUACUUCCAUUCAAUGAGCCUCCCCUGAAACAGUUUGGCCUCCUAUUUUGAAAACGAUUAAUCGCAUUAUGCGUAAAUUUGAAUAACGAAUUCUAAAGUAGUGUGUUGCGCAAUUUUAAUUUAAAUGUACUGCUAUAUACACAAAACUGUAGUAACAUUUACUUACUUACUGUCUUUUCAACUAACUUGAAUUCUUUCAUAAUAUAUACAUUAUAAAUGUGGUUAAUGUGAA